AAGAAGGAGGAGGAGGAGAAGAAGAAAAGCUGCAAUUUGACGUGCCAACAUGGCGGACGAGCGAGGAAGGGGGGAGGUCCCGUCCUCGCCAAAAGUGAUGACACCCGCGACCCUCACUUGGUCUCCAGCCGGUGACAUGGAGGCAGCUGGGUGAAUUUACUCACUUUCACGAACUUUGUGACGCGUGCUGCCAAAGAACACCAAUGGGCAACUCCUAUGCGGGCCAGCUGCGGACCACCCGCUUUGAGGAGGUCCUUCACAACUCGAUUGAAGCAUCGCUGAGGUCCAACAUUGUGGUUCCUCGGCCAGUUUUCUCCCAACUCUACCUUGAGGCAGAGGAGCCUGCGGCACAGAACGGGCGCACGGAGAAUGAUGAUGAGAAUGAUGAAGAUGGCUCGGAAUCUAACAGCCCUCCGAUACCUUAUCAGAUGAAACCCCCACCUGAGGGAUGCUGCACCACAGACGGCUUCUGUCAGGCAGGCAGGGAUCUGCGACUCUCGUCACUGGCAUCGGAUUCCUUGGACGUGUCGCCAGGGUUCAUGCUGAUCGGACUGAAGUCUCCUUCUCUCCCCGAUAGCCUGCUGGUGGUCGCCGUCGACCAUCGUUUCCUGCCGGAUGAACGGGGUCACAACGCUCUUCUGGGCUUCUCGGGGAACUGCAUCGGCUGUGGAGAAAAGGGCUUCCGGUACUUCACAGACUUCGCCAACCACAUUAACCUGAAACUCAGCACCCAGCCGAAGAAACAGAAGCACUUAAAGUUCCAUCUGUUCAGAAACAGCCAAGGUGUACUGGUUAAAGGAGCUCCCAUCUGCUGGAGAGGACACGAUGGCCGGAUAAGGCAGAUGAGCUCCAGUCUCUCAGAGCUUCAUGCGACAUCGGACGAACGGACAUCGAGUGUCGCGUUAUUGCGUUCCUCACAUGCAGCGAGCAGCUACACAGCAGCGUCUCAUGCCAAUGGCGUUCCUCAAAGCUCCGAUACAGCACAGCCACUGCCCAACGGCAUCAUUCCUGCUUCUUCAAUAGCGCAGGCGGUGAUAAAUCAUUCAGGACCAGGGAGACCAUCAACAGCAGGGAUGCAGACAAAUGCCGGACCCCCCAAAAAGAGGCACAAGGGUUGGUCCCCUGAAUCAUCUGCCAAUUCUUCAUCAGUCUUGCCGUCAUCAACGGUUGCCACAAAUGGAGCUAAAUUAGAUGCCUCUGCCACACUGAGUUCCUCACAGAGGUCCUCAGCCACACUUUUUCCCACUGGGCUGUCUGUAGCUGUGCCUGAUCAGCUGUUACACACUUGUGGACUACAACCUGUCAUCUUCAAAGGUCAUGGCCCUCUCCCUCAGCUGACUGGCAAUUUUAAUGAGGUACUCGUCAGCUCUUUGCUGCAGAGUUGUUAUCUGAGCUCUCAGAGCCUCCCCAGGGUUUACCAACACUACGGACCCUCACCCAUUCAGCCCCUGUCAACCGAGAUGCAGAUCCUCCUCACUGUCUACUACCUUGUUCAGCUCGGCCCCGAACAAGUUCCCCUGAUUGAGGACUUGGAGCAAAUAUUCAUGAGGUCAUGGAGAGAGUCCCACCUCAGUGAAAUCAGACAGAAUCAACAACCUCAAACGCCUGCGUCCCAAGGGAGGCACUAUGGAAUUGAGGCACCUCCUACGCUUUCAGGGCUCCCGCAGCAUCUUGGCUUAGCACCACAGCAGCCUCUGACCCCCAGCCAGCUUCCCUGGCUCGCCCAGCUGGCUGCAUCAUCUUGUGGGGAGGGGGUGGUGGUGUUGGGGGAGCAUGUGGGGUCUUUGGCACAGGGCCUUCAGCAGAUGUUUAGCAAGUUGAUGGAGGGACGGUUCGAAAACACUAACUACAUAGUCGUCAUCGUGACCGCUUCCGGGCAUGAGACACAGUCCUGUGUGGUAGUUACAGGUAAACACCAGUGUCGUGCUUUGGCAGAGAAUAUGUUCUCUCCGAAUGAAGGUUUGAGAGAAAUCAAUUACCAGCUUUCUUCUGGUGAAGCCCAGGAGCUCAUCCAGUUCUGCAGUUCCCUUGGACAAGCUUCCUCUUUCACAGAUGGUGAUAUUGAUUCCCUACUGGACGGCGCAACCUUGGACAGCAACGAACCCUCUCCCUUAUCCAGCAGUCAGGAAUCUACUGAUGAAAAGAGUUUGAAAAACACCCACAGUCCAAAGGACUCACUCAGCCCGAAAGAUAGAGUUCUGACUCCUAAAGAAACUUGCUCCGAGUUCUCCGUGGAGUGGCGCGAUAUCCGACCCAUCCAGUUGGCGGUAGCCAGAAAGCUGCUGUCUCACGUUUGCGCCAUAGCAGAUUCCAGCACACAGAACCUGGACCUUGUGUCCUUCGACAGGGUCAGCUUCCUCAUCCUGGUCCCUCCCUCUGAGGUCACGUUUCAACAAACUGUUCUGCAUCUUUGGAGCUCCGGUGUUCUUCAGGAACUUGGGACUCUCGAACAAGAUAGUGUGUCUCAGCGGCAAGCUGAACACUACGUGGUCAAGAUGGAUCAAAGCGCUCAAGUCCGAGUUGACAGCCUUAUUCAGGAAGCACACACCAACUCCUACACGCUUUAUAUUUUGGUCCACGACCACGCCCACUGGGACAUCAGCAGUGCCUCGUACUGUAGCACAGACUCAGGUUUGGGUCUAGUUGACCAGCUCCUGAAUUCCAGAAAGGUCAGAGAUGCUCCCAACAUCCUAAUUCUUCAUGUUACAUCCUUCCCGUUCGCUCUGCAGACGCAAUUCACGCGCAUCAGCCCCUAUAAUGAGAUCCACUGGCCCUCUUCAUACAGUAAUGAUGUGGACCUGUAUCAUGAGAGAACACGCUACUUUGGCGUAUCAGAACUUUUAGAGUCGACACGCUCGGGGAGCAGCCUGCCUCUGAUGCGAUGCGAUACUUCUUUUGAGAGCAUGGCGUCUGCCCUGGAGGAAAGGUUCCCAAAGCUCCACAGUGCCGUAAUCCGAACCACAGUUCUCAUCCACCACUACUGCGCAGCACUGAUGGCCGUCUCCGGAAGAAUCGGAGGCUCACACAAUCUCCACAAACACACGUCUGUGGAGACGCUGGGGAUUGUGCAGGCGCUGCUCAGUGCCGCCCAGCAGUGCCCCGCCCACCACGGUCACAUGAUCCUGCUGCGGAUACCUUCUCUGGCUCUGGCAGCGUGGGCCCAUCGACGGCUGUCCCGAGUGAGGAGACAGCUGGGCCUCGAGGAGAGCUUUGAGAUCAUACUGGGGAAUCCAAGCCAACCGCUGAAUAUUGGACACAACUUUAUUGAUCAGAUUAAGCUAUGGCUAAAAAUCCAAGAAGCUGAUUGGGUUCCUCGUACUUAUCUGGAGCUUGAAGCUCUUCCUUGCAUUCUGAUCCUGUCGGGAGCCGAACCUCAAGGAGAAUCACUUCCCAGGUCACUGAAGUACUGUGACCUUAGGGUGAUCAGUUGCUCUUACCUUCAACGUACCACCGUCGAACAAGAGUUGGGACUAGCAGCAUACCUGCUGAAGACGGAGUCUCGGUCCCCGCACAACCCGGGGCCGGGAAGUGACCUGCUGGAGAGCGAUGGCGAAAAACUCAGCACCACUGACAUUGAGGAAGAGGAGAGCCAGGAAAACGAAAGUUCCCCCGUUUCCUCCAACCAGCCAGUCCAGUCAAGCCCAGAUGUUGGCACAUCAGACCCCUUCCCUACCCAGAGCAGCACGUCUACAUCUCCAAAUGUCCCCAAAAGCGCAAUGGACAGCACCACGCAGCCCUCGCAAGCUCAGGCCCAACCCCCCACUGCCCAAUCUUCUUCUCAGUCAUUUUUAUACCCUCAGCUCUCAUUUCCCCACUCAAGCCAGUCUUUAACCCUGCCAGUCUAUUCCUUGGCCCAACCCAUUUUCCACCCACUCGCACAAACAAACUCGCUAGCUUACUUUCAAACACUGCCGCAGCACCAAGUAGCCCACGCGCCUCCCCAACCGCUGGCUCCUGCCGUCCGGUCUCGUCGUCACCCCUCCAAAUCCACCUCCUCGAGCUCUUCGUCACCUCGAGCUUCCUCCCCCCACCUGAGUUGCUCCUGGGCGCGCGGAGUGAGUCGCCCACCCUCCGUGCUCCUCCCUCGCUCGCUUUACGACAUAAUUACAGCCAACGAUGGCAGCGGCCUUCCACGGUGUACCUCCUUCCUGCCGCAUAUGUCUGUCGCUUGGGCCAGCAGCUUCCGGCCUCUGUUGAGCAAGAUGAUGACGUGCACAGAGCAGUCGCUGUACUAUCGGCAGUGGACGGUGCCCCGCCCGUACCACAUGGACAGCAACAAUCGCACCGAAGGACGCAGCGACAACUUUCACCCUCGCAGGCUGCUCCUCAGCGGACCGCCACAGGUGGGUAAGACUGGCGCGUACCUGCACUUUCUGGGUAUUCUGUCUCGGAUGCUGAUCAGGCUGAUGGAGGUGGAUAUUUACAACGAAGAGGAAAUACAUUUCAGUGUCCAAAAAGACGACGUGCAGUACAACCCACCCGACGCCUUGUGGCCCGACCCGGAAGUUGUGAAGGCUUUACCCUUUGACUACACAGUCCAUGACCCCAAAUAUGAUGACAUCAGCUUGGUCUACUGUCCUGGAUAUAAACCAGCUUGUGAUGCCACUCCUGUCCGCCAGGAGGACAUGUGCCUCAGGAGGCGCACAACCAGGAUCAAACUGUCCAAGUAUGCGGCCUUUAACACUUAUCACCAUUGUGAACAGUGUCAUCUGUACUUGGGCUUCAACCCCAGAUACCAGGUCAACAUCACACAAAUAUACGAGUCUACCCUGCACGCCUUCACGUUCACCCAUCUGCUACUCGGAGAAGAGAUCCAGCUCUACUUCAUCAUCCCCAAGUCCAAAGAGCACUACUUCAGUUUCAACCAGCCCGGAGGCCAACUGGAAGGAAUGCGGCUGCCCCUCGCCGCAGACCGGAGCCCAGACUGCAUCAAGAGUCCAAUCUUCACUCCGACCACGGGGCGCCACGAGCACGGUCUCUUCAACCUGUACCACGCCAUGGACGGAGCCUCACACCUCCAUAUCCUGGUGAUCAAAGAGUACGAAAUGGCCGUGUACAAGAAGUACUGGCCCAACCACAUUCUGCUGGUGCUGCCCCCGGUCUUCAAUGGAGCUGGCAUAGGAGCUGCCCACUUCCUGAUUAAGGAGCUCUCGUACCACAAUCUGGAGCUGGAGCGCAGCCGUCGGCAGGAGGGCAGCGGCGCGACGGGUGACGUCUGGCCCUUCAUCAUUCUGGCGGAUGACUCGUGCGUCAUGUGGAACGUAGUCGAAUUCGACGCACGCAACGGUCCAGCAGAACACGCCGCCUCACUGAAGCAAGUCUUGCAGCACAUGGAAGACUGUCCUCACCUGGCCCACUACGGCCUGUGCGGCAUUAGGAAGUGGAGCAGUCGUGUCUUCACAGAUCCUACCACGUGGGAGCCUUUUUCCAGAGGCCACCUCCACGACUUCCUCCUCCUCAACGUGGACCGCAGCCAGAACGUCCAGUACGACCAGAACCGCUUCACGUGUCACGACGUGGACUUCACCCUGCGGCUGCACAGCGCCGGUCUGCUCAUCUGCCGCUUUAACAACUUCAGCGUCAUGAAGAAGCAGAUCGCCAUCGGAGGAUACCGGACGUUCAUCAUCAAGACAAAGAUGACGGACGUUCCCACUUCAGUGGGGCCCUCGCAGUACGUCUGCGCCCCCGACAGCAAGCACCUGUUCCUGGCCACCCCGGCUCAGCUCCUCCUGGAAAAAUACCUCCAACACACCAGCCACAAACUCUUCCCUCUCAGCACCAAGAACUACGACCACCCGGUCCUGUCAGUGGACUUUUACAUCAACCUUGGCCCUGAGGUGACCGUGUGUUUUGUGAGUUCAAGACCUCACUCGGUCAACAUCUGCACCACAGGCCUGCUCUUCAGCGGCCUUCUCCUCUGUUUCGCCGACGCCUUCGUGACCCCCAGUUUCCUCAAGAAGUUCAGCUUCCUCAAAGGCGCGACUUUGUGCGUGAUCGGCGCGGAUCGCAGCUCCUUGAGGCAGACGGUCGGCAGGCUGGAGCUGGAAGAGGAGUGGCGGUUCCGGCUCAGCGACGAAUUCCAGACGGCCAACGCCAAGGAGGACUGGCCCCUCUUCUUCCUGACGGGAAAACAUAUAUGAAUGACAUCAAGUCAACAAAACCUUUUGUUUUCAUGUGUGACGUGCUCAGAACUGAAAGCCGCUCGAAGAAAUUUGCCACUUGGGGAUUUCUCGGUGUAUUUGCAGGGAGCCCAGAUUUGCAAUUAAAUCCUGAGAUUUGUGUCAAAUCCCAUCCCAAGCAUAAAUGUGUGUUAUUGGAAAAGAAUUCAGUGAUGAAUGGAAUGUAGUGCUUCACAUCAUUUUUGUGCACUUUGCUCCUACUGUAAAUGUAUGUGACAAAAUGAUGCAGGUAAAGUGUGUGCAAUGUUUUGAUGCAAUAUUCUGCAGACUCUCUGCAGAUUUGAUCGAAAUGAUCGACACAAUCAUUCACCGUAUGAGGGUAGCCGACUUUUGGCAACAAGAUGUAUUUGCGUGUUAAUUAUUUUCAAAUCCUUUUGAGUACUUAUUUUCCUCUGUGGGUGUUGGCUCUUUGUUGUAGACUUUGUAACAUUUGCUGUUUUUUGCAUGUCAGUGUACAGCUUUGAAUGCCUUGAAUUGUAUAAAUGUACAGAUAUUUUUAACU